CUCUGCUCUCCUCUCCUCUCACUGUAAAUCGCGUCUUCUCUUUUGCAAGACGCGUAUCCUGCUCUUCCUUCGUUUCCACUUCCACUCUCCAUUCUCCAGGCUUCAUUCGUCUUUCACCCACUGCUCGUGUUUCCCUUCAAGCAGGGAACAGUCAUAUUCGUGUACCCCAUCAACUACAACCACAGUCAAUAUACGGUCAAAUCUCUGCGGAUCCAACAGCGACUGACUUGGAUCGCAUUCACCACCCUCUUCUCCCCCCCGACGACGGCCACUCCCUCACACGACCGGGAUCAGUUGAUAUUCAGUUUGAUAUCUGGUAGCUCCAAGAACUUCUCGACCUGAUUGGUGCUUCGUCGGCUUAUCUCUACGUUCUGUACCUACCAAAACACAUCGGUCACCCCGUAUCACGCAAACACACCAUGUCCGACGAGGAUAUCUACGAUGCCUCCCCUCCACGAGCCAGAAAUCUGGAGGUGAGGAACAAGGGCAAACGGACCUCAGACAGCCAUGAAGGCCCCUCGGCAACAAGACGGCGUAUCAGGGACCCAUCGCCGCCCAACCCUGAUGCAAACGGCGACCUCGACGAGUACGAUCCUGCCCAGUCAAUGCAGGAGCGGCGGCAGAUCCAGAGGAAGCUACGAGAUAUGCAGAGGGAAAUGAGAGAGAACCCCGACCAGUUCAUGCAGGACAAGUCCUCGGAGGCCUUUAUCAACUAUCUGGACCAGUCAGACAAUCUCAUGCGCAGUGUUAAGCAGACCAACGAGGCCACCAUUGAGUCUCGCGGUCUAGUCUUUAUCGCCGACUUGUCUGCUCGUAAGGUCCAACGGGUAACAUCGGGCAACAUUGGCACCGGCAUUGAUGUCGAUGAAUUUGUCUCCAAAUGCAUCACCUACAUGCGUCAUGGCCGCGGCUUUGAGGACGACGACGCCCCCGAACUUACGAGCACACAACGCCACAGGAGACGGCCUGGCCGUGCCGCUGCUGACACCGAAGAUGAGGAUGACAUGGGAGAUGAAGGCGAUAUGUUAAACUGGCCACACCUGGGCCGUUAUGCUGCCGUUCCCAGCGUACGCAGGCCAGCUCUGCCUGGCUUCCUCUCGGGCCCUCUGUCCAUCGAAAAGAAAGUCCGAAGAAUGACGCAGCGCAACGCUCCCUUCAAGAUCAACAGCCUUAUCGAGGUGAGACCGCAGGAGUUGAGGGCCGAGGAUUUGAAAAAGUCCGAUAAGAACGAUCUUCCGUCUAUCUGCAGGAAUAUUCUUGCGCAACUGAAACAAAAGCAGAUUGAUGCGCAAGAUGCCGUGGAAGCCCUCCUCAAUGAUGGUGAUAUUAACCAUCCCGAGCAAGAGUUCCUCAUCAUGGAAAAGUACGCGCUGCAUCAACCAGGAGGCAUUGACCUUCUACGCUUCGUGGUGAAUCCCCACUCCUUCGGCCAGACUGUCGAAAACAUGUUCUACGUGAGCUUCUUGCUACGAGAAGGGGGCAUCAAGCUGGAAUUUGAUUCAUAUGGUCGUCCAUCUCUCUCCGCCCAGUUCCACGCAGACGAGCAAGAAAAGGCCCAAGGAAGACAUGGCACGACUAGACAUCAGGCUAUCAUGUCGAUCGAUAUGGAUAUCUGGAAAGACAUCAAGGACGCUUACAACAUCAAAGAACCCAUGAUUGAGCAUCGAGAGGAGGAAAGCCAGCAAGGUCCAGGGGCACAAGGAUGGUAUAGCUAAAAGAGACUAUUGGCUACGUUGGACUCGUGGAGGUGGGAAAGAAGUGUCCCAAAACCUUCUGCUGUAUGUUGCUCGCCCAAGCCAUUGUCCCUAAGCCGUGUCUUUGUCUACCUGUACCCAAUAAUAGUGAUGGGUCGAGAUGUCUAGGAGGACUGUAAGUAAGCGAUGGAGUGUACCGCACCAUGCGGAUAUCAGCCAUGUGUGGCAACCUUAUCAAAGUAGGGCAGAACCAGAAGCAGCGGCGAGUUGCACAAUAUGUCUGGUGUUUAGGCGAAGAAGCUUCAGGUCCACGGACAAAGGCCUGGGAUCAAAACAGUAACGGCACACUUCGAGAAUCUAGCAUCAUGUGAAGGCCUCGAGGCUUGAAUGGAUUCAUCUAGGCUUUGACAACAAAAAUCAUUGAGCCCCA